AUGACGACCGUGCGUCCUUUCUGCGCACGGGACUUGUUUGCAUUCAACAAUGUAAACAUGGACCAUUGGACUGAAACAUACAGCAAUGGGUUCUACUUGAGCUACCUUGCUCAAUGGCCAGACAUGACACUCACGGCAUGUGCGGCCCAUACGGGCAACUUGAUGGGGUAUGUGCUUGGAAAGGCGGAAGGGAAAGAACCUCGCACAGAUCCAAAGAGGCGAAAGCAACAGGAGCCCACUUUGCAUGGGCAUAUCACGGCUGUCACUGUUGCGCCCGAGUACCGGCGGCUGGGUGUCGCACACAUGCUCAUGGACUUUUUCGAGUACUGCUCCGAGCAUGUGUACCGCGGAUACUUUGUAGACUUAUUUGUGCGUCCAUCCAACAAAAAGGCCGUCGACAUGUACGAAAAGCGCGGGUACUCUGUGUACCGCCGCGUGCAUGCGUAUUACCAAGGCAUGCCUCCUAACGAGCCAGAAGACGGAUAUGGUACGUACGAAAAGUAG